CUCAAUUCUUCUCUCUCUCUUAGCUAGCAAUAUAAACGCAGCAGCCAAAUCUCAUCGUCAUCAACCAGAAACCCCUACAUCCGUUUUCUCUCCUUCUGAAUCUUCUGAUUGUUACCCCUUCAAUUCCCUCUAUAUUAUGCUACUCCAAUCUACUCCAAUCGAAUCCAAUCCAAUUCCAUAUAAUCCUGAUCAGAUUUGCUUCUGGACGGACUUAUUUCGAUCCGCCGACGAUCUGUUGUUUUGUUCUGAUUACCUAUUGCGAUUGUAAUUCUGAGMUACUAUCUAUUUCGGCUCGGUUUUUGUUUGCCGAUCAGAUUGGGUUGAUUUCGGUGGGUUAUGAGGCAAUGGAAGAAUUGAGAAAUGUAACUACGAGAGCUUGAAAGGAUGCCGGGGUUAACACAGAAAAAUGACCAAUUAAAUGGUGGGUCAUCGGCUAUAUACUCGCUCUCGCCCAAUGGAUUUUGGUCCCAGCAACGCGACGAUGUUAGCUACAAUCAGCUCCAGAAGUUCUGGAGUGAGCUGCCGCCCCACACUAGGCAGAAACUCCUGAGAAUCGACAAGCAAACCCUGUUUGAGCAGGCUCGUAAGAAUAUGUACUGCUCUAGAUGUAAUGGUUUGCUGCUUGAAGGAUUUUUGCAGAUUGUCAUAUAUGGGAAGUCUUUACAACAAGGAAAAACAUGUGUGAAUCAUUCCUGCAACAGAUUAGGGGUUUCAAAAAAUCAUACAUGUGAUGGAUCAUUAUCAGUUAAUGGAUUUCAAGAUGAAAUUCAAGAUCCAUCUGUCCAUCCUUGGGGUGGUUUAACCACAACCCGUGAUGGCUUGCUGACACUUCUGGAUUGCUAUUUGUGUUCAAAGUCUUUCCUUGGUCUCCAAAAUGUCUUUGAUAGUGCCCGUGCUAGGGAGCGAGAACGUGAAUUGCUUUAUCCUGAUGCAUGUGGUGGGGGAGGUCGAGGUUGGAUAAGUCAAGGGACGGCAGGUUUUGGCAGGGGACAUGGAACAAGGGAAACAUGUGCCUUGCACACUGCUAGGCUUUCUUGUGAUACAUUGGUUGAUUUCUGGUCAGCGUUAGGAGAAGAAACUCGACAAUCUCUUCUAAGAAUGAAAGAAGAAGAUUUUAUUGAGAGACUAAUGUACAGGUUUGACAGCAAGAGGUUUUGUAGAGAUUGCAGAAGAAAUGUAAUCCGUGAGUUCAAGGAACUGAAGGAGCUGAAGCGCAUAAGGAGAGAACCUUGUUGCACUAGUUGGUUUUGUGUUGCAGAUAUGGCAUUUCAUUAUGAGGUAUCGGAUGACACUGUCCAGGCUGAUUGGCGUCAAACCUUUGCUGACUCUGUGGAGACUUAUCAUUAUUUUGAGUGGGCUGUUGGAACAGGAGAAGGAAAAUCUGACAUUUUGGAAUUUGAAAAUGUUGGCAUGAACGGAAGUGUCAAAAUGAAUGGCCUAGAUCUUGGUGGUUUAAAUUCAUGCUUUAUCACCCUCAGAGCUUGGAAAUUAGAUGGACGCUGCACUGAGCUUUCAGUGAAAGCUCAUGCAUUGAAAGGUCAACAAUGUGUUCAUCGCAGGCUUUCAGUUGGUGAUGGAUUUGUUACAAUCACAAGAGGCGAAAAUAUUAGGAGGUUUUUUGAGCAUGCUGAAGAGGCCGAGGAGGAGGAGGAGGAUGAUUCGAUGGAUAAAGAUGCAAACGAUUUGGAUGGAGAUUGCUCUCGUCCUCAAAAGCAUGCUAAGAGUCCUGAACUUGCUCGGGAGUUUCUUUUAGAUGCUGCAACUGUCAUCUUUAAAGAACAGGUUGAAAAAGCAUUCAGAGAAGGAACAGCACGCCAAAAUGCACAUAGCAUCUUUGUUUGUCUUGCACUAAAAUUACUUGAAGAACGAAUUCACAUAGCAUGCAAAGAAAUCAUUACUCUAGAAAAGCAGAUGAAACUUCUUGAAGAAGAAGAGAAGGAAAAGCGUGAAGAAAAAGAACGCAAAGAGCGCAAAAGGACAAAAGAAAGAGAGAAGAAGCUCCGAAGAAAAGAAAGAUUAAAAGGAAAGGAAAAGGAUAAAGAUAAGACUUGUUCUGAAUCAGCUGAAGUAUGUGCUCAUUCUGAUGUCUUGGAAGAUUUGUCCCCCUGUGUUUUGGAGCCAAAUUCCGAUUCAGUGGGUGAUGCAUGUGAUGCCAGCAUGCCUGAAUCUUCUGAUAUGCUGGAUGAGCAAUUUUUAGAUGAAUCUAUUAUUUCUGAAGUGCAAAAUUCAUAUGAUGAUAGCUUUGAUGGGAAACCUACUGAUGGGAACGAUGGAAAUGAGUCUUUCAUAGUUGACCAAUCAAAAUUUUCUCGCUGGAGAUUAAAAUUUCCAAAGGAAGUUCAAGAUCAAUCUUUCAAGUGGUCGGAGAGGCGCCGAUUUACAGUUGUUUCAGAAAAUGGGGCUCUGGUUAAUAGAUCUGAGCAAAGAUAUUAUGGUGAUAGUUUGGAGAAUCCUUCGAGGAGUAUGAAUGGGACAAACAGGAAAUUAAGAUCAAACUCAAUAAAGGCCUAUGGUCGACAUGGCUCUAAGUUCAAUGAGAAGUUGCACUCUUCCAACAACCGGGUGUCUUWUGAUUACCGUUCCUGCAUCUGUAGCCAAAAUAAUGAAUUUAACAAAAAGGUAGAGCYAUUUGUUUCUUCAGUUAGAGUUAACCGAGAUGCCAAAUCUGUGAGCAAGUCAGAAUCUUCAUUUGAUAUGUCCAAGCAAAGUUAUCGUUCUAACAAGUACGGCUAUGGAGAUCAGUCUCGUGACAGCGGAAGACUGAAAAACAAAGCUGCUUUAUCAAACAAUUCUCCUGGUAAAGAUUUUGUUUAUUCAAAGAAAGUUUGGGAGCCCAUGGAAUCACAGAAGAAAUAUCCUAGAAGUAACUCAGACCCAAAUGUUGCAAUGAAGUCUUCGACUUUCAAGUUCGGUGUGGAACCUGAUUAUGACCUUGCAAAGUCAAGGCAUGACGUGUGCAGUGGUGAAGUUAGUGUAGCUUCGGGUAAAGUUGAUCAAGAGGAGAGUAAUUCCACCGAAUCAACCUCUGGUAUUGAAUCAGAUGAAGUCUUCCAAAAUGGACUUCCUACUGAACCAAAAGAUCAUAAAAACGUAGAAGAAGAUGCAUGUGAGGAGGCUACACAGUGUUCUAUAAAUUCGACAAUAAACUCAACAUUGAGAUCCAGUGGGAAGAAUAACCAUGUAGGAACCAGCUCUUUAAGUUCUGAUAACUGCUCAUCAUGCCUAAGUGAAGGAGACAGUAAURCCAUCUGCUCGAACCAUGGAAAUCUGGAAUCAUCAUCCACAUCAGACUCAGAAGAUGCUAGCCAUCAAUCAUCAGARGGAAAAGAAUCUUCUGCAUCCAUUCAGAAUGGCUUCUCUGAACGUCAUGAGAUAAGGAUGGACAAAGUAAAUGGAGGAGAAUCCAUGGGGACUAGAAUUCAUUUCGGUCUUCCACAAGAUAAUGAGGGAUGUAAGGUUCUAGGAAACGCACCGAUGAACGUUCCCCAUAACUUUGAAGCAGGAUUCUCUGCUGUUAGUUUGGAUUCCCCAUGUCAAGUGACACUUCCUUCAAUUCAGAACCAAAAUAUUCACUUUCCAGUGUUUCAGGUUCCUCCAUCAAUGGGUUAUUACCAUCAAAAUUCAGUUUCAUGGCCAGCAGCUCAUGCUAAUGGGAUGAUGCCUUUCUCCUAUUCAAACCACUGUCUAUAUGCCAAUCCUCUUGGGUAUGGUUUAGAUGGAAAUCCACGGUUCUGCAUGCAAUAUGGCCAUUUGCAUCAUCUAGCUACUCCCGUCUUCAACCCGAGCCCGGUUCCUAUUUAUCAGCCAGCUGCUAAAGCCAGCAAUGGUAUAUAUGUCGAAGAUCGAAGUCAGGUCUCCAAAGCUGGUGCAAUAGCAGAAAGCUCGGAUGUAGCUAACCCAGACGUUGUCGUUACUGCUGGACUCCCAUAUGCACUUGGUUCGCCACCAAGCGGAGAUUGUAAGCAAAAUGAUACUUCCAAAUUGCAAAAAGGCAGCUCAAGCUUUUCAUUAUUCCAUUUUGGAGGGCCUGUUGCACUUUCAACAGGAGGUAAAUUAAAUCUCAUGCCUUCCAAGGAAGAUGAUACCGGGGUUUUUCCGAGAAAUAGUGAAGCAGAUGUUGUCGACAAUGGUCACGCUUUCAAUAAGAAGGACACUGCCAUUGAAGAGUACAACUUGUUUGCAGCAAGCAAUGGCAUGAGGUUUUCAUUCUUCUGAGUGGAAACAAGAUAUGAGGGGGCUGUUUUCGAAUUUCUAGUCCCUAUCUUCAUAUUAAUUUUUUUUUAAAUGGAAUUUUACAGGACUUGCUACAUAAUAAGUUUUCUUGAAAUCUCAAUUUUACUUAUAAGUUCUUCUGUAGUUGAUUGCUCUCAAAUUUGUCUCAUUAUUUUCACUGGUGUAGAGAACAAAAAGCAGAAAAGAAAAAAGAAAAAAAAAAGAAAAAAAAAGGAUGAAAGAGUAUUGUGUUUGAAAGUUUUCGAAAUGAGGUGUUUUCUAUCACGAAUAUAUGUCGAUAUGAAAAUUUUGCUGCA